GUACGGCAGCCUCCUGAAAUUAAUUUAGUUCUGCGCCCUCAGGGUCUGACUGGUGAUAAUGAAGUCUAUGCCAAAGUUGAUCUGUGGGUCAAGUGUCCGAAUACUUACCCUGAUAGUGUUCCUGAAAUACAACUGAAAAAUUCAAAAGGCUUGUCAAAUGAGAAAAUAAGUGAAUUAAAAGCCAGACUAGCUGAACUGGCAAAACGGCGCUGUGGAGAGGUGAUGAUAUUUGAACUUGCUGACCAUGUACAGUCUUUUCUCAGUGAGAAUAAUAAACCACCUUCCAAGUCUUUUCAUGAAGAGAUGCUGAAAAAUCAUCAAAAAGAACGAGAGAGACUGGCUCAGGAGGAGUUGCGUAGGGCACAGGAAGUUAAGAGAAGAGAGGAGCAGGAGCAACGUGAAAUCCUUAAUGAGAUUCAGAGAAGAGAGGAAGAGAAAAGAGAAGAAAGGAAAAAGAAAGAGAUUGCCAAACAGGAACGUCUGGAAAUAGCUGCUCAGACAAGUCAAGAAAACUCUCACAGGAGAGAAGCUGCAACCUAUCGAGUUGCUCCCAGUUUAAACGGCAGCCGUUUGGAGCAUGGAGUGAACAAUAAACACCGACCAAAUUCGGCUGGACGUUCAAAACGAGAACGACACCUUUCUGUUGGUAAUAACAGAGAGUCCCCUGGAAAUUAUGAAGUUUUGAACUUCAGCACAAGUGGUGCUGGACAACUUACUGUCCAUAAAGGAAAAUGUCUUGGCAAGGAUGAGCAGCUUGGUAAAUCAGUGUACAAUGCCUUGGAAGUCCAGAGUGGAGAUUUUGUUUUACUAUAUGAGUGGGUCCUGCGCUGGCAAAAAAAGGCGGGAAAGUUUCUUACAAUGCAUGAAGUAGAGAAGAUUGUGAAGUGUAAGAAGCAGCUCCAGGGCGCAGAAACAGAGUUCAGCUCACUGACGAAGCUAAGUCACCCAAACAUAGUACAUUAUAAAUGUAUGAACCUUACAGAACGGGAUGAUUCAAUCGUGGUGGACAUUUUAGUGGAGCACAUAAGUGGCUCCAGCCUUUCUACAUACUUACACAAAGAGACUCCAGUUCCAGUUGAGCAGUUGCGCCAUUACGUGACCCAAAUCUUGUCAGCUCUCGACUACUUGCAUAAUAAUUCAGUAGUGCACAAAGUUCUUUGUGCUUCCAGUAUCCUGGUAGAUGCUGAAGGAAACAUCAAGGUGACAGACUACAGUAUUUCCAAGCGCUUAGCUGAUAUCUGUAAAGCAGAUGUUUUUGAGCAAACCAAAGUUCGUUUUAGUGAGGAUGGUCUUCCCAGCAAACCUGGAAAAAAAGGAGAUAUAUGGAGUCUGGGCUUGCUUCUGCUUUCACUCAGCCAGGGCCAAAUAACCAAGGAGUAUCCAGUUGCUGUUCCUACCAGUUUACCUGCUGACUUCCAAGACUUUCUGGAAAAAUGUGUUUGCUUGGAAGAUAAGGGAAGAUGGACUCCUCAACAGUUGUUGCAACAUAGCUUUAUAAACAUUCCACGAAUGAAAAUACCUACAGCUGAUGAAAAUCUAGAUGAUUCAGCAGGUAUAGAUUGCAUCGAGACAGUUGUGCCCAGCAGUCAGAUAUCCAGUGCCUCAUACUUCACAGAAACACAGAGACAAUUUUCACGCUACUACAAUGAGUUUGAAGAGCUAAAAUUACUUGGCAAGGGGGCUUUUGGAGCAGUCAUCAAGGUGAGAAACAAGCUGGAUGGUUGCUAUUAUGCUGUGAAAUGUAUCCGUGUAAACCCUGCCAGCAAGCAGUUUCGGAGGAUUAAGGGAGAGGUGACACUACUUUCCCGCCUGAACCAUGAGAACAUUGUGAGGUAUUACAAUGCCUGGAUAGAAAAACAUAAAAGUCCUAUUUCCACUUUGUCAUCUGAAAUAACUGAAGAGAAAAGAAUGCCCACCAAAGCUGGUCUCUUCAUCCCUGCUACUGAGGAGUCAGAUGAUGUGGAAGCUGAUGCUCCUCCUCCAGUUCUGACAAGUUCAGUUGAGUGGAGUACUUCGUGUGAGAGAUCCUCCAGCAACAAAUUCAGUGGAGCUGAUCAGGAGUCCAGUGAUGAUGAUGACGACGAUGGUGAUGGGGUGUUCUCGCAUUCAUUUUUGCCAACCACAGAUUCUGAAAGUGAAAUAAUUUUUGAUAAUGAGGAUGAAAACAGUAAUGGUCAUACUCCAGAUGAAGAAGGCAAUGAGAGGAAUGGCCAUGGAGGAGAAGACAGGACACCAGUCACUCAGACAGUGCAUUACCUGUACAUUCAGAUGGAGUAUUGUGAGAAGAGCACAUUAAGGGAUACUAUUGACCAAGGACUAUGUGAAGAUACCAGUCGGCUUUGGAGACUUUUCCGAGAAAUCUUAGAUGGCUUAGCUUACAUCCAUGAAAAGGGUGUGAUCCACAGAGACUUGAAACCUGUGAACAUUUUUUUAGAUUCAGAUGAUCAUGUCAAAAUUGGUGAUUUUGGUUUAGCUACAGAUCAUCCAGCAAAUGCAGUUGUCUCUAAACAAGAAGAAAAUACCUCAGAUAGUUCUGCUCUGUCUGACCCCUCAGGUAACUUGACAGGGAUGGUUGGCACUGCGCUCUAUGUCAGCCCGGAGGUCCAAGGAAGCACCAAGUCUACAUACAAUCAGAAAGUGGACCUGUUCAGUCUGGGUAUAAUAUUCUUUGAAAUGUCUUACCAUCCCAUGAGUACUGCCUCAGAAAGGAUCUUUGUUCUUGGUCAGUUAAGACUGCCUACUAUUGUAUUUCCUAAAGACUUUGAUGAAGUCAAGCAUGCAAAGCAGGUAAUUUUGAAGACAUUUUUGCUGAACCACGAUCCUGCAGCACGACCAACAGCUGUGGAGCUGUUGAAAAGUGAACAUCUUCCACCACCACAAAUGGAAGAGUCUGAGCUGCAUGAAGUGCUCCACCACACCCUGGCCAACGUGGAUGGCAAGGCCUACCGGACCAUGAUGACCCAGAUAUUCUCACAGCGUGUAUCUCCAGCUAUAGACUACACCUAUGACAGUGACAUACUGAAGGGUAGUUUUUCUAUUUGGUCAGCCAAGAUCCAGCAGCAUGUGUGUGAGACUGUCAGCCGGAUAUUUAAAAGACACGGAGCCAUCAAGCUGCAUACUCCACUGCUAAUGCCCAGAAAUAAGAAACUAUAUGAACAUAAUGAAGCUUCAUAUUUCAUGGAUCACAGUGGGAUGCUGGUGAUGCUUCCUUACGACCUCCGAAUUCCUUUUGCAAGAUUUGUGGCUAGAAAUAACAUAUCCAACUUGAAAAGAUACUGUAUAGAGCGAGUUUUCAGACCUCGGAAGUUAGACCGCUGUCAUCCCAAAGAACUCCUAGAAUGUGCAUUUGACAUCAUUACAUCUACUGGAAAUAGCUUUUUGCCUAUAGCAGAAACAAUUUAUGCCAUUUCAGAAAUCAUCCAAGAAUUUUCAGUGCUACAG